UGUGGUGUGUUGUGUGUGGGAGGGAAUGUGAGUGGAAACAGUCGCUCUGCAUCACACACACUGACUUCUCAGCCAAGUCACUUCCUUCCUGCUCCAAGACACUCAAGUUUCAGCUGAGAACUACCAGUCAGAGAGCAGAGAGAGAGAGAGAGAGAGAGAGAGAGGGAUCGGCGGAGUCAGGGUGAGCAGUGCAGAGAGAGGAGUCCGGGGAGAGGAGAGAGGAGUCCGGGGAGAGGAGAGAGGAGCCCGGUGAGGCAGCGACGCCGGCCAGCUCAGGUCCCAGUGCUCCGGAGGCUGGCGGUCUGUGGGAUGUGAGCAAGGAUCGGCGCUGUCUCUGUCUCCGACUCCGGCUGCCGAUCGGGAGCGGGGACCUCCCCACCCACCGGGAACUCGCUCUGGGCAACGGGGGUAAGUGUGCAGAGAGAGACUGCUCGCUGCUCACACGGAGACAGACACACACAGAGCCACGCACUCAGGCAGGGACAGAGGGACGCACACCUAAAGAGGUAAAUACACAAGGAGACACACAUUCUGACUCGGGCAGAGAGAGACACACACAGACAGACAGACAGACAGACAGACACACUCAGAUAGAGAAAGAGAGACAGGCACUCAGACAAACACAUGCAGAAACAAACAUACACCUAGACUAGAGACUCAGAGACACACACAGACACAGAUAGACACAAAUAAAGACACAUAUAGAAACAUACACAAAUAAACGUUCAGACACACAUACAGACACAUACAGAGAGAGAAAUAGAGUCACACAUUCAGACACAGAGACACACAGAGACCCUCACUCGAACACAAAUAGAUAGGGAGACAGACCCACAGACUACACAUAGAAACAUACAGAUACAUAGAGAUAAAUACACAGACAACGAAACACACAGACACACAUAAGCAAAUACACACACAAACAAGCAAGUUGGCCUUCAAGCACACAAACAGACACAGCAAGACAGACAAACACACACACAGGCAAACACUCAGACAGAUAGGCACAGGAACACACACACACACACACCAGCGUAAACAGAGACAGUCCUCCACCGCUGCAUCACGUAGCCUCAACCCAGCAGUGGGUCUGCUCGAUGUUGGCAGCUCCUCGCUCUCACCACACAGCCCUGGCGGGCGGGCACUGAGCUGGCAGCGGCACACGGAAACCACGACGACACCGGGAACAUUCCAGGCCGGAGUCAGAGACCGGGAGUAACCGAGGCUGGUCAGAGACCGGGAGUAACCAAGGUCGGAGACUGGGAGUGACCGAGGUCGGAGGUCAGAGACCGGGAGUGUCGGAGGUCGGAGGCGAAGACUGCUCGAGAUAAGUCAGAGACUGGGAGUGACCGUGGUCGAAGGUCGGAGACCGAGAGUGUCUGAGGUCGGAGCUUGGAGACUGAGAGUGUCGGAGGCCGGAGGUCAGAGGCCAGGAGUGACUGAGGUUGGAGGUCGGAAACUGGGACAGUCUGAGUGUGUGGGGGGGAGAGGGCCGGAUGCUGCUGGGACCCCACUUCCCUGGACUUGCCCGAAGUUGGGGGCCACUGUAGGAGAGAGAGAGAGAUUGGCACCAGCCUCCCUCCCGGCGCCCCUUGACCCCGUCCACCCUGGGGCAGCCGGGCCUGGCCAGGGGGCCGACCAUGAGGAUGCAGCAUUUGUAGGAGUGUCCGGCCGUAGCCGAGAGCUGCCCCGUCCCCCCCUCACAUCCGGCCCAUCGUCCCCGGAGGCCAUGGCUGCCUGCACACUGGGCAGUCCGGCUACGGCCGAGGGUCAUCCUCCCGCGAGGCACACGUCCUGCUGCCAACUGUGGCUGGGCUGCCCGGCUCGAACAAGCGGCUCCAGGGUGGAGCCGGGGAUGGAGGAGGCAAUGUCGGCGGUGUCACUGAAUGAGAUGGAGCCCCUGGCCUUGGAGGAACAGCCAGUGUUGGAGACGGAUCCACUGGCCUUGGACGCAGGGCCAGUGUUGGAGGCGGGGCCACUGGCAUUGGAGGUGGGGCCACUGGCCUUGGACGCAGAGCCAGUGUUGGAGGCGGAUCCACUGGCCUUGGACGCAGAGCCAGUGUUGGAGGCGGGGCCACUGGCAUUGGAGGUGGGGCCACUGUCAUUGGAGGAGUCACUGGCCUUGGAGGCAGGACCACUGGCGUUGGAGUCGGAGCCAGUGUUGGAGGAGGUGGAUCCAGUGGCAUUGGAGGUGGACCUUGAUGCAGUGGGGAGCGGCAGUAGGAUGGCCAGUGGUGAUCCGGAAUGGCUGCGGGGAUCCCUGUUGGAGCCGGUGAUGCCGGGGAUCCCACGUGUGGUGGUGACGGAGCACGGGGGCGGUGGUUGCCCGGAGUUUGGGGAGGAGGGGACUGCCAGCCCCCGCAGACUGUCCUCGUCCUCGGCCUCCUCGGCCGGCUGCUCCUCGUCCUGGGACGAGUCGUCGGAGGAGGUGUCCAGUGACCCCGAGGCUGCCGGUCGGCACGGCAACGACCUGCUGCAGGCCGAGGAACAGGGCGCCCGGCCCCGCGUGAGUAAAUCGUGGAGGAAGAUCAAAAACAUGGUGCACUGGUCUCCCUUUGUGAUGUCCUUCAAGAAGCGGUAUCCAUGGAUCCAGCUGGCAGGACACGCAGGCAGCUUUGAGCCUGGGGGUGCAGGUGUGGUGUUGAAGCGACACAGUGUGUGUGAGGAGCACUGCCUGCAGCGGCUGAUGGGCGACGUGCUGCGACCCUUCGUGCCCGAGUACCACGGGCCGCUGGAGCGGGCAGGACUCCGCUUCAUCCGCAUGGACGAUCUACUCGCUCCCUUCCUCCGGCCUAGCGUCAUGGAUUGCAAGAUGGGUGUCAGGACGUACUUGGAGGAGGAGCUGGGCCGGGCGCGGGCUCAGCCCAGUCUGCGGAGGGACAUGUACCUGAAGAUGGUGGAGGUGGACCCAGCGGCCCCCACCCCACACGAGCACACACUGCACGCUGUACUCAAGCCCCGCUACAUGCAGUGGCGCGAACACUGCAGCUCCAGCGCAUCCCUGGGAUUCCGCAUCGAGGGCAUCAAGAACGAGGACGGGAGUGUGAACCGUGACUUCAAGCGGACCAAGACUCAGGGGCAGGUGAUGGAGGUAUUCUGGGAGUUCAGCCGACGGAGCAAGGUGGUGCUGGGCCGUUACCGGGAGCGUCUGACUCUGAUGCGUGACGUGCUGGAGCGUUCGCCUUUCUUCCAGACACACGAGGUGAUCGGGAGCUCCCUCCUCUUUGUCCACGACAGUGACCAGGCCAAGGUUUGGAUGAUAGAUUUUGGGAAGACCACACCUCUGCCGGCCGGCCAAACCCUGACCCACCGCCAGCCGUGGGUGGAGGGCAACCGGGAGGACGGCUACCUGUUGGGGUUGGACAACCUCAUCUCCAUCCUGGCCCACAUGCUGGAUGCUCAGGACUGAGCCAGUACUGCCAGGCCCGGCCUGGCCCAGCACAGAACCCUCCAGAAAUGGCUCAGUCCCUCCCCGAGCACGGAGCCGGGAACGGGCAUGAUCAACGGGGAGUGAACCUCCGUAUGCGAUUCUCCCGGCCCUAAUCCCACAGGCCGGGCUCUAUUAAUACUGGCUGAGCCUUAUUCCCACAGGUUGGGUGCCUACUCCCACAGGCAAAGGCAUGGAAUUUCCAAGUUCUCCUUGUGACCACGUGGGUUUCCUCCGGGUGCUCCGGCUUCUACCCACAUUGCAAAGACGUGCGGUUUUUUGGUUAAUUGGCCCUCUGCAAACUGCCCCCCAGUGUGUAGGCAGUGCAUGAGACAGUGGGAUAACAGAACUAGUGUGAACACGUGAUUGAUGGUCGGUGUGGACUGGGUGGGCCAAAGGGUCGGUUUCCAUGCCAUGUGUCUAAGCUAAACUAAAGAUUGUACACAGACUGUGCAUUAAAUCUGAUCUGUAUAAAA